UUGGCGGAGGGGGUAUUGGAAAAAGCUUUUGCACAGAUGAGUUAUUUUGUGUCGGCCUUUAUAUGAAAAAUUGGUUGUAUACAAAAUAUCUGUCGUAGCGGUCACUGUGCGCCGGAUACUGGCGGAUAGUGCGGCCUAAAUUUUUUUGAAUGAUAGACAAGACCAUCUGCGGAUGUGUCGAAACAGUUGAUCAGUACUAAAUUUUAAUUUAAUUUUCACGCGUCCAAAUUUUUGCUGUGACUUGUUUGAGCCUGAUGACUGACAGUUGAAUGAUCCUUAUUUUAUUCCUCGGAGAAGGGCUGUUUUGCGCUGAUUUGGUGCAGUCGAUAUAUAAGGCACACGCUACGGUUACGGAACCACUUGACGUGAAAUGGCAAUAUUAUUAAAUUUUCACCGGUGUGUUCGGCAGUUAUUGAUCUGUUUGGGAUUUUCACUUGCGCUUGUAGGUUAAUGGUGUGUUAUUUAUCGACCUUCAUAUGCACAGCGGACACCUGUGCCGGUUAUGCAUAAAGCGGCCAACAACUGGAGAAAACGUCCUUGCAGCGGGGUAUCGCGCAAAUUUAUUGAUAUUUUCUGGGAGAAAAUCGAUUUUGCGUGAAGCUGCAAAGCUCAGGAAUUUUCAGUGCUCACCGGUGAAGCGUACUUCAUUUUGGUUUUAUGGUUAUGGCAGACUAGCAGUCUGGAAAGAUUGCAGCUUAUGGGGCAUCGUAUAAAAAUUCCCAACAUUGCAUAACGCUAUGAAUUUUGCAAAACCGAGGAACUGAUAUCAGAUUAUGAUCUAUAAUAUCUGAUCUGUCGGCCUUUUUAAUUGUGCUGAUCGGCACGGUCGUUGUUGCGGCGCUGUAAAGUGGCAUAAUCUCUUCCGGAAGAUUGUUGGAGAAUUUGUGAAGCAUUAAGAGAGCAACAGUGUUGACAGGAUCAUCUGAUUGAUAUUAUUGCAUUCGUUACAAUAAUCUUGGGUGGUCGAUAAUUCCAAGCCCGUUGGACCCAAAAUGAGCGUGGUAUACGUGAACGGGAGCAGCUUUGAUCCCGUCAAGUUCCAGUCAACGCGCACAACGAGCAAUGACGAGGAAACCGAUUCGGCCUUGGGCAGUUCGCACUCCAAUUCCACACAUUCCCCUGAUAUUCCCGCAUUAGACAGAGAUGUUCACGGAGAAGAACGGUUCGAAGAUUACGGCGCAGCCGAAGAAGCGGAGCCGGAGCUUCUGGCACCCUUCGGCGAGAAAAAAUCAGUCCUUAAUACGGUCAACGGUGGUGGAGCUGGAUUUAACCGUACAGCCUCGGUUCGACGCUCAUUCCGCCGUCCCUCGCCGGCCACUGUCAGACGGACGCCAUCGUUCGGCAUCUCAAAUUCGAGCAUGAAAGGUUCACCGGGCACCCACCCUCACGCCCAUCAUGACGAUCCGGAUGCCGAUGACUGGAACAGUGUGGACAGUUUCCAGCGCGACGACGAUGUCUACCACUUGACCCAACAAAUGGAGAAACUGCAGAAUCAAGUGUCGGUCCUGGUACAAAGUCAAGCUAACCAGGAAGACAACGUCAGCAAAUUACGCCAGGAUAAUGCCGGGUUAACAGAACGGUGCACUUUACUAGAGGAACAGCUGAGAGAACAAGAGAUGAAAUAUGAGGAGCGACUGAAAAAUGAACACAGGAAAAACAUGGAUUUAUUGCAACGUCUGGAACGGGAUAAAAAUAACGAACUGGAGAACCGUAAUAAUAGAAUAACUACCUUGGAAGUGGAAGUCAAUCAGCUACGAAACGAGUCACUCCUGGUGAAAGCACAAGCAGAAAAGUUUAAGCUGGAAAAAGCGCAUUACCAAGAUAAACUCAUUGAAGCUGAACGGCAGAUGAGUGAACUGAGUGAGGAAGCGGGUCGACUCAAGGAAACUCUACGUCGAGAACGCGAAGAUAUCGCCAAGAAAACCACAGCGCAUGAUCAGGAGCUAAUUGAGUUACAGCUCGAGCUGGAGCAAUUGCGCAGUUAUAAAAUCGAAAAUGAACGCUACACUUCCACCCAUAACCGCAUCGCACCGGAACGCGUACGUGAACUGGAAAGCGAGUUACAACGAGUUAAACAGGAAAACGUUAAACUGGAAGAGUCGAAUCAGGAGCUCAACACCCACCUUCUGCAUAAUCAAGUUGAGCAAGGACGCGCACUGCUCAGAACUGACAUGGGCAGUUUGUUUUCCGAAUUUUCUGACACGACACGAGACGAAGCCGUUGAAGCACUCAAGGAGUACAAUCGUCAACUGAAAGAAUAUGUUGACCGGAUUCUGGCCGGUGUACUCGAGAGAGCACCGGAACUGUUGGAAAUCAGAUGGCCAACUAAAUAAUUUGACUCUGCUGCCUGUGUGAUAGACCAGUGUUAAGCCUGGACGCCUGUUUCGUACGGACCACUGUGAUGUUAUUCGGCGCGCCGGGCGCGCUUCUACCCGUUUUAUCACUUUUAUUUUAUUAGGGAUUGGAGGUGCUGUGGGGCAACCAAGGAUCUCAGCUCACGCUACAGAAUGGGAAUAUUUAGAAAAAGUUUUGCGGUGUUCCUGUUAUUUGAUUGACUUUUCCCAUCAUUGACCCGGAAAUCUUUCUCCGCGCGUAUUACUGCACUUUUCUGCCGCCUUUGUCAGAGGACCUUGUAUUAUCGUUCACGCUCUUGUUAUCCGUCGAAUGGAUGAAUUUUUAUCAUCUGGCUCAAAUUGGGCACAGUUUGAGUGCUGCUAACAAAGGCAUUGCGGAAUGCACCAGUCUUUUCUUCCAUUGUGAUUUCCAAGCACCCGAAUUUUAACUUAAUUUUAACUUUUAGACAAUAUGGGGUUGUUAGACUUUAUGUAUACUUCGUUAGAAAUGUUUGGUUCGUAUCCAAAUACCCCAGUUUAGUUCUUCUUUAGUGUUACUUUUUAUCUCUUUUUAUGGGUUGCGGCUCUUUUCUGACACAUGAUUUUUCGAUGUUAAGUUUUGCUUACUUGUUCUUGGUUUGCUAACUACAGAGUAUUGUAGCUAGCGAUUUUAUGCCCUGACACUAAUUUCUGUGGAUUUUGUAAUUACUGGACUUUGAUAUAUGCGCUUAUUUUGGCAAAACAUUAAAAGUGUAUCAAAGAAAAUUAAAGAAAGCAAAU